CCAAGUGGAGCUAUAUUGGCAUGCUAGUUCAGAAACAGACAAAUGCCACUCAGCACUGGAGCUCUUGGACAAGUAAGACAAGCCACGUGGGCAGUGAGACAGCACGGAAACAUGGAUGCCAGGGACCCCUCCCGCAGGGAUGGUCCUAAUGGGGAGAAGAGCUGGCCCAAGAAGUACCCAUCAUGUGGGGGCCAGCUGCAGUCUCCAAUAGACCUACACAGUGACAUCCUCCAGUAUGAUGCCAGCCUUGGGCCCCUGGAGUUCCAAGGUUACAAUGUGUCUCCCAGUGAACUGCUGAACCUGACCAAUAAUGGCCAUUCAGUGAGACUGUACCUGCACCCAGACAUGCACAUCCAGGGCCUCGGCUCCCACCGAUUCCGUGCCACACAACUGCACCUGCACUGGGGGGACAGUGAGGAGCCCUUUGGUUCUGAGCACACCAUCAGUGGGAAGCACUUCGCUGCUGAGCUGCACAUUGUCCAUUAUAACUUAGAGCAAUACCCCAACAUCAGUGCCGCCAGUGACCAGUCAGGAGGCAUCGCCGUCCUAGCUGUUCUCCUUGAGAGGGGCUCCUUCAAUCCAUCCUAUGACAAGAUCUUCAGUCACCUUCAACGUGUGAAGUACAAAGGUCAACAAGUGCUCAUCCCAGGCUUCAACAUCGAAGAGCUGCUUCCCCAGAAGCCCGCUGAGUACUACCGCUACAGGGGGUCCCUGACCACCCCACCUUGCAACCCCACCGUGCUCUGGACGGUUUUCCGCAACACUGUGCAAGUUUCCCAGGAGCAGCUGCUGGCUUUAGAGACAGCUCUGUACUGCACAGAUGUGGGCGACCCUUACCCCAUAGAAAUGGUCAACAACUUCCGGCGAGUUCAAAAUUUUGAUGAGAGGCUGGUGUACAUCUCCUUCCAACAAGAACUGAGUAUGGGCAUCAUCCUGUCCGUGGCCCUGGCUGGUAUUCUUGGCAUCUGCAUUGUCGUGGCAGUGUCCAUCUGGCUUUUCAGAAGGAAGAAGAGCACAAAAGGUGAAAACAAGGGAGUCAUUUAUAAACCAGCCAUCAAGAAGGAGACGGAGACUCUCCCCUGAGGUCCUGGGCAUUUCUGGACAUGCAAGGAAGCACCUUGCUAUUCACAAUGCUUCACGUGAAACUCCUCAAAAUGUUCUCUGGAGAUCAACCUGCAAAUACUCCAGACUCUUGGCCUGCUGGCCUCCCUCUCCCCUUGUGCCAUGGCCACCCACAGUGUGAUCCACGGAUGGGAGGAGCUCUUGGACCAGAAGGCAGGAACUCUGAGCUGAUUGCUCUACCUGUGUGAGAUGGCUGAGGGGUAUGGAUUCUGUGUCACAGACCGAGUCACUAAAUGUGGGCUGUCCAUGGUUAGAACACAUUUCGAACCAGGAUUUUACCCAGUAUGUUUUCAAAUAUCCUGGAAAUUCUGUUUAUUCUCCAAGCUUCCCGACCAGAAUGUACACUCUCUGUUUAGGUGUUGCUUUUGAAACAGUUUCUUUCUUCGUGGAAGGAGUUAGCUCCUUUGAGUUUACUUUUGCUCUGACAAACCCUUCAAAUCUGACCUCAAAAUGUAAGGAAAGAAUUGACACAGGAAGGAUCAGGUUGUCAGAAAGAAAAUGAAGCAAGAGAUACACCUUAUAAUAAUAUAAUGGGCCAUUUUCACAGUCCUGUCCCCUAGGGCACAGACCUGACUGGACCUUCAAGAAAGGCAAUUUCAAGUUCCAUUUCUUGGUGGAGAUGCAAAGAAAGAGACAAAAACAAAGGGUGAGAAGGGAUGCCAAGAAGGGAGAGAUCAACAAUUAGAAGACAUAUAUUGUCCAGCAGUCUCACUCUGGAGUCAGAACUGGAAUCACAAGAUGUCUAUUAGGCCACAACAUGAAAAGCACUGAACAUAAAGCCCAACCAACCAGCCUGUCCACAGCUGUGUUUCAUAUUCUAAGGAUUUUACAAUUAACUAGGCUAUUCCUUCAAAAAUGAACUGAGGGCUGGGAAUUUACCUCAGUGAUUCCGCCACAUGCCUCACAAGUGCAAAUACCUAAAUUCAAUCCCAGGUAACAACAACAACAAAAAAAAAAUUGGUUUCUCCCUUCUAGAGUAGACCUCAGCUGUGAUGGUCCAAUCUGCUUUUCUUUUUUAUCUUGUUUUAUUUCAUUUUUAAAUUAGUACAUGUUUGUAAUAGACCUUCUUUUGAAACUACAAGAAAUUGGCAGGAACAAAAUGAUUGCGCAAAAGACUUUGUCUCUUUUGUCCAAAGGUCAUUUCUGUCACUGCUGUGGUAUUCCUACCGCCAGCCUGAAAUCAAGACUUAUUUGUCUAAUCCUCUGACUUUAAGGAGGUCUAAUAAUGGCUUAGCUAAAACACAUUUUUAUAUUAUUAAGAGCAGGAAGCUAUCUUCCAGCAUGGUUACAGUAUUUAAGGACCAAUAAUUAUGGAAUGUUAACUAAGAGUCUCCAAAACCUCAUCCACAAGUUGCAAAAAGAGUUUCUGAGAAGACUUAGUUUUGUUUAUUUUCCUCUAAUAGAGGUGAGAACCCUGAGAUUAGUCAGUUCCAUGACUGAGAAGGAGCUUCAACCGGCAGCUCCAAGUCACUGAUUAUUUGGAGUUUACAGGGAACUCUGGUUCAAUCUCAUUUUGACAGCACGGAAUGUCCUCUUGAACCAUAGAUUUCUUUAUAGUAUCUGUUUUCUUCUACUCUGUCCAACUUGAAAAAUUCUCUUGUCUACUGCCACAUUUUGGAUGAUGGCAAGUCCAAUGUCUUUGUAGCCUGUUUCAUCAGGGAAGGUUAUAGGCAGCUUGACAGGGGUGCAGAUGUAUUGUGUGAGCCUGGGUGGCAUCUCCCAAGGACAACCAUCAUCAUGGCUGGCCAGCAACAUGAACUAGGUGGUCCCACGGCUUUGGCCCAACACUGCCAAUCAGAAACUAGUGCAAACCUCUCCAGAGCAGUGAGACUGUCUUUCAAAAAGCUGUGUACACGGAUGAGAGAACAGAAAGAUCACUUCACUGGCCUAAGGGCUGGUCGCAAAAAACAAGACACACAGGGAGAAGAAAAGUGGCAUUUCUCCCUCCCUCUCCU